AUGGGUUCGCUACCCGAUCCAGGCGAGUUGACUCAUCCUCCUCCUCCACCGCCGCCCCCGAGUUUCGACGAUUUCCAACGCCAGACCUCGCUGAUGACGAGCUGCACUCUCCUCUGGAAGGAGCUCUCGGACCACUUCACCUCCCUCGAGCAGGACCUCAUCAAGAAAUCCGACGCGCUCAAGGCCAAGUUCCACGCGCUGAACGACGAGACGCAGCACUCCCUGCUGGCGCUCGACUCCCGCGAGUCCUCCAUUUCCAAAUCCAUGUCCAUCGCCCUCGCGGCGCUCGAGAAAUCGGCCAAGGCGGCCCAGGCGUCCGUCGCCGUCGCUGCCGAGGAGCCGGAGGUCGACGACUCGGAGGGCCUGCUGAUGAAACUGAGGAGCUUCUGCCACAGGAUGGCGGCGCAUGAGUUCUGGAUCUUCGUGACCUCUCGGAAGAAGGAGAUCGAGUCGUUCAGAUCGGAGCUGCCGAAGGCCCUGGCCGCCUGCGUGGAUCCGCCGAGAUUCGUCCUCGAGGCCAUCUCGGAGGUUUUUCCGGCGACGAGCGCCGGCAGCUGCGAUUUGGGGUGGGCCUGCGUGCUGCUGCUGGAGUCUCUGAUUCCGGUGAUGGUGGACCCGGUGCUGGGUAAGGAGAGGAUGCUGGUGACCCCAAGCAUCAAGGGGAAGGCGGAGGAGAUAGCCGAGGCGUGGAAGAGGAGCUUGGAAGAGAGAGGUGGGAUUGAGAAUGUGAAGACGCCCGAUGUGCACACUUUUCUGCAGCAUUUAGUGACCUUUGGGAUUGUGAAAAAGGAGGAUAUGGAGUUGUACAUGAAGCUCGUCGUGGCAUCAGCCUGGAGAAAGCAGAUGCCCAAGCUGGCCGUCUCUCUUGGCCUCGGGGAUAAGAUGCCCGAUAUGAUUGAGGAGUUAAUUGGAAGGGGGCAACAGGUUGAUGCUGUUCAUUUUACAUAUGAAGUUGGCCUUGCCGACAAAUUCCCGCCUGUUCCCUUGCUGAAGGCUUUUCUGAAAGAUGCGAAGAAGGCGGCUACAUCCAUUUUGGAGGAUCCCAACCAUUCGAGCCGUGCUGUGCAUAUGGCCGCCAAGAAGGAACAAUCUGCCAUCCGGGCUGUUCUCAAGUGCAUCGAGGAAUACAAGCUCGAGUCCAAGUUCCCACCUGAGACCCUCAAGAAGCACCUCGAGCAGCUCGAGAAGGCCAAGAUUAAGAAAAGGCCAUCCAGCCCCGCUGCAAAACGUACUCGGGCCAGCAAUGUGGGCCAAAUGCCUCCGGCUAAGGCGGGCCGCUCGACCAAUGCUUAUGUCUCGUCUUUCCCGUCUCCUCAAACGUACAUCAGGUCCCCUUCUCACACCCAAUACCCUUCCCCUAUCCCGGCUUAUCCUGCUGUGCCAGCUGUCUAUAACAGGAGCCCACCGUACGCUUACUCACCGGAGGCACCUGCACCUGCAAUCGUUGGAUCAUACUCUGUUUCACCCCUGAACUUCCCGGCUUAUGGGAUGGCGCCUGCUUACCAGCAAGCUUACUACUGA